AUCGUAAAAAAUGGCGACAAAAGAUCAAAGCUCACUCUUGGACCGCGUCAUCGCGGCCUCAUCAACAGAAGAGUCCCGCAAACUAUACGACGAAUGGGCCAAAACCUACGACUCAGACAUGUCGCUACACGACUUCACGGCCCCUCGCCUCGUCACUCAGGCCGUUGCCCGCGGCCUCAAACUCAACUACAUCUCUCCCGAUAAGCCACUUGCAGGUCUCCGGAUUGCCGACGCGGGAUGCGGAACCGGGUCCGUUGGUAUCGAGUUGUCUAAACUUGGGGCUACCGAUAUUGUUGGGCUGGACAUUAGCGAGGGCAUGCUUGCUGUUGCGAAGAAUACCGCGGUCUACGAUGAUCUCAAAACUACCGAUCUGACGAAGAGAUUGGACGUCGAGGAUGGCAAGUUCGACGCCUUGACUUGCUGCGGGACGUUUACGCAUGGGCAUCUGGGGCCGGAACCACUUGAAGAAUUUACGAGGGUGGUCAAGGUUGGAGGGGUAGUUGUUGCGACGGUUCUGGAUAGUUUUUGGGUGGAGAAGGGUUUUGAGAGGGAGGUUGCGAGACUGGAGAAGGAGGAGAAGGUGCAGGUUGUGGAGAAGGAUGUCCAUGACUAUCGGAAGGACGCUGGAGGUGGAAGAGUACUGGUAUUACGAAAGCUGUAAAGCUACAGGAGAUGAAGUGGGUUGAGUUGAAUGAUGCUAUCUGUAGUCUCCGAUGACAAUCCAGAGUUUGGGCUGUCUGG